UUUCAGAAAAAACAACAUUAAUUAAACAAAAUAGACUGUUAAACAGACGCGAAAAAGAACCCGAUAAAAGAAACCUGAAACGAGCGGCGAAACGAUAGAAAAACUCAGAAACGGCGGCGAGGCGGCGGCACGGCGAGAGGCAAAAGGCGAGGUGGCGGCACGGUGAGUGGCGACUGCGUGCGGCGAGUGUUGUGGCGGCUGCUCUGCGAGCGAGACCGACGAGCGGCGAGGGUGUCGGCACAGCACACAGAGUGACUCCGGCUUUGAGCGGCGAGGCAGCUUGCAUCAGCCCUCACCUUCACUGCCAAAUCCUCUCGUAGCUCAGCUCUGCAAUCUUCUCGGCAUCGUGCAGGUUUAAUGGCGGGUAGAGUGAACCGUAAUUGCCAGGUAUGCGGCAGCGACAUUGGUUUCACCAUGUUCGAUGAUGGCUUCUUCUAUUGUGGAUAUUGCAACUCUCAGGCAGAUGAUAUUGUAGACACUGGGGUCGAUGAGGACCAGCUUUUCUCCCAAUACUCCUCCAAUUUCACUCGGUCCCGCCGGGCCAAGCCCAAUGAAGCUGCCGAGCCCGAGCCCGAGGUAAAACUCAACACUUCUCAGUAUUUGGACCAUAUUGAUGUUCCCAUGGAUGACUUGGGGGAUGUGGGUGAGGGUGAAGAUGGAGUUGGGCCGACCGAGCCCAAAGACUUUGGCUCGUCGAAAAAGAAUUUUAGCUAUGAGGAAUAUUAUUUGGAGAUUAGGUCAAGAUACUUGGCUGGGAUUCAGAUUAUGAUUCAAUUGCAGUGCAAGGCUUUGGUUGAGGAGUUUAGUGUCAGUCCUUUGAUUGUUGGGCUUAUUGGGCCUCUGUGGCUGAGGUACUUGGCUUCCACUGGCGUUAUGGCUGACGAAUGGGCCGAUCGUGCUGUUCAUGAUUCUGAGUCUCAGCCGCAAGGUGAAGCUGAUGAAAUUCAGCCGAGUGCCUCAAACCACGGGGAGCCUGUAAACAUUCAUGGGAAAAGUGUGGUGGAAAUAUGGCAGAGUUCCCUCAGAAAAACAAUAGCCAUACCUUGUACCUUAGCUAUUUCAUUCCUCGCUUGCCUUAUUGCUCGUGAGCCAAUAACGCCAUCAGACAUCGUGAGGUGGGCCGUCGAGGGAAAAUUCCCAUAUUUUGCUGCUUUUCGAGAUAUCGAAAAGCAGCUGGGGCCCACUUCCGAGGCUUGCCCGAUUCGUGCAAGUGUCAUGUUCCGGCCUGUAAGGGUCAUCUCAUCUCAAAGACUCGAGUCAAUGGCGGCUGGAAUUGCACAGAAAAUUGGCUUGGAUUUGCCUCCGGUGAACUUUUAUGCUAUUGCUUCGCGUUAUCUUAAAGAGUUGUCUCUUCCUGUAGAGGAAAUACUUCCUUUUGCGUGCCGUGUGUGUGAAUGGUCUUUGCCGUCUGAAUUAUAUGUUUCGGCGAACGAGUUUCGAAUUCCCACUCGCGCAUGUGUCAUGUCGAUCAUUGUUGUUACAUUAAGGAUUCUUCUCGACAUUAAUGGGUAUGGGGUGUGGGAAUCGAGUUUGUCUGACGAUGCCGGUUGUUCGUCAUCGAAGAAAACGUUCAGAAAUGCAGUUUUGAAAUCCGACACUUUACAGCCUUCUGGAUUGAAUGAUAAGAAGCUGUUAAGUCUGCUUGAAGCAAAAUAUGAUGAGCUUGACAGUUUGCAUGCAUAUUCCAAUGACUUGUUGUCAUACCUCAGUUACUGUAAGGACGUGGUGUUUUCAGGAUUUCAGCCGUCUUAUGAGGAUAUUGAAGAAGAAAAGCUGGUGAAGGAUUUAUGGGAUUUUUAUAUGAAUAACAAGGACACUGGAACCCCAGAUACUCGAGAAGAUGACGAACAAGUGGAUUUAAAAAAAACUGAAGGGGGCCAAAGCACUUCCAAUACCUUACCAAAAAAAACCGAUACUUAUCUUCAUGGUGAUUCAAAACUGUCCACAAAAGAUAAAGCAAUAAGGCAACUGCAGCUGGACAUGGACGAUAACAAAUUCAGCUAUAUUCCCCCGAGGGUCAACGUGAAGGUCACAGACUAUGUCCAUUAUGCGAGGAAAAGGAAAGAAGUGCUUAUCUAUGCUGUCCAUGCUGAUUACUACAUUUUACUUCGGUCUUGUGCUAAGGUUGCCCGAGUUGAAGCUAGGGUCAUGCAUACAGCAGUGCUGAGUUUGGAAAGAAAAUUGCGGUGGCUGGAGAAAAGGGUCGAUUCCUUGUUGAGUCUAAAACUGAAUCUUAGUGACGAUUGCAGUUUCUGCAAGGAUGAAUCUGUGGGGAAUAUUGUGGAAGAUUCUGUGGAUUUGGGAGAUUGAGAAUAUGAGGGGGGACUUAAGAGGAGGGUGAUCUAAGUAGUAUAAAAAUGAUGGGCUUUUGUAUUCUUGGUAGUAAUCUGAUUGGCUGCUUAAAAUUAUUAGGACCCAAUGAGGCCUUCCCGAGACAUCGGUUUCCAUCUUGCGGGCCUGGCUUUUCGAGCACUUUCUUCACCCGUAUCCAAAGGAAUUCUGAAAAGCUCAUGCUGGCUAUACAGACAGGAUUAAUAAGAAGUCAGGUCUCAAACUGGUUCAUAAAUGCGCGAGUCCGCCUCUGGAAGCCCAUGGUCGAGGAGAUGUACAAAGAGGAAACAGGAGAUGCUGACGUGGACUCAAACUCUUCUUCCGAGAAGACAAAAACAAAGGACAACAAAUGCGAAGACUCCAUGGGCCCGCGCCCCGUGGAAUCGAAACCCACCGUGGGCCCAGACGAGAUGCCCGCCUUUCAAGGGGAUUACGGGACGGGAAAAACGAGAAACGGGCAGAAUGUUCCUUUUCCUUACAACAUGUCUGAGCUGGGGAGAUUCGGUGGUGUAGACCCCGUGUCGCUUAUGCUGGGGUUGCAGCAGGGAGGAGGUGGCGGAGGGUUGAACAAUCACGGUUUUAAUCCCCUGAGAGAAGGUGUAGGGUAUAACGAUGCAGCUGCGGCAGCCAUGGCCAAUGAGGCGGCAGCGGAGUUUGAUUUUAUGGAUACGGGAAAUCGGCAGCACCCGUUCAUGUCCUCACUCCUUCCGUCCUUCUCGUGACCAUAAUAAUGUUAAUUGUUCGGAAAAAAGGUAAGAUGAAAUGGUCGAAAAUCGAGUUGUAUGGAAGAAAGGAGUGGUUUUUUUUGUUUUUUUGUUUUUUUUUUUCAGUUUUGGCUGUGAACUUUUUGUCUUCGAUUGGAGUUUGUUUGAUUGUAGUAAUUUUUUUUUG